AUGUCUCCUGCAUUAAUUAGUAUGGAUUCUAAUUCUGCGAUCAGAAACUGUGGAACAACUGCCAAAGAUGACAAGUAUCUGAAAGGAGUGAAAUAUGUGUGUGAAGAAACUGGCCCUUUAACCAGAGUUCCCAACAAGUAUGUGUUGCCCAGCUCAGACAGACCUAAUUCUUCUGAAAGAAACCCUCAUGUUGUGAUCAACAAGGCAAAUCUCGAUUUGCCUGUUAUUGAUUUCGCCGAAUUGCGAGGUCCCAACAGAUCCAACGUUCUUCAAUCUUUGUCACAAGCUUGCAAGGAUUAUGGUUUUUUUCAGUUGAUAAACCAUGGAAUAUCAGAAGCGAUUGUACGAGAAAUGAAGGAAGCUACUAGAAGGUUUUUCGAGCUUCCAUACGAAGAAAGAGCAAAGUAUAUGUCUUCAGAUGUAUACACCCCAGUCCGAUAUGGUACGAGUUUCAAUCAAAGCAAAGAUAAAGUGUUUUCAUGGAGGGAUUUCUUAAAGAUCACCAACCCAACUUCCUUACCAAGUACUUCCUCAUGUUGGCCCUCUUCUCCUCUAGAUUUCAGGAAGGCGGUGUUGAACUACUCAAACGAAACCAAAUUGUUGUACGUGAUGAUUAUGGAGGCGAUCCUUGAGAGCCUAGGGUUGUUAGACAGUGAAAUACCAAAAGAGGUGAUGAAAGAAAUCGAAGAAGGAAGCCAAGUGAUGAUACUGAAUUGCUACCCAACGUGCCCAGAGCCAGAUUUGACACUUGGAAUGCCGCCACAUUCCGAUUAUGGAAUGCUAACACUUCUACUUCAAGAUGAGGUGAAAGGUCUUCAAAUUCAACAUGGUGGGAAAUGGCUCACUGUCGAGCCUUCUUCCCCAUACUCUUUUGUCGUCAAUGUUGGUGACCAUCUUGAGAUAUUUAGCAAUGGGAAAUACAAAAGCGUGCUGCAUAGGGUAUUGGUGAACUCAAUCAGCUCCCGGAUAUCCAUUGCUUCAUUACAUAGCUUGCCUUUUCACUGCACCGUACGGCCUUCACCUGAGCUCGUUAAUGAAGACAAUCCCAAGCGGUACAAGGACACUAGUUUUGCUGAUUUUCUCCAUUACAUCUCAUCUUGCGAGCCAAAAAGCAAAAAUUUCCUCGAGUCUAGGAAACUCUUGUAACACUCAUUGUGAAAAAAGAAAAAUAACUAUAGUAAAUUGUGAAAUUUUUGACAGUUUCAUAUACGGUACUCUCAUUGAUUAACCUAAGAU